CACGCCGGAACCGGCGCCGGCGCGGCGCCUUGCCAAUGCGGCGUCUGCGGGAAGAGUUUCCCCGCCAGCGCCAGUUUGGUGAAGCACCAAAAAUUACACCUGGAGGAAAAACCCUACAAAUGCGGGGAUUGCGGGAAGGGUUUCAACUGGAAUUCACACCUGGAGCGGCACCGCCGCAUCCACACCGGCGAAAAGCCCUACGCCUGCCCCGAAUGUGGCAAGAGCUUCAGUUGGAGCUCCCACCUCGACCGGCAUCGCCGCUCCAAAACCCCCGAGAAGCCCUUGCAGUGCGGUGAAUGCGGGAAGGGCUUUGCCAAGAGCGCCGCGUUGGCCAAGCACCGGCGCGCUCACGCCGGCGAGAAGCCCUACAAGUGCGGGGAGUGCGGGAAGGGUUUUGGCUUGAACGCUGCGUUGCUGCAGCAUCAACGGAGCCACGCCGCCGGCAAACCCUACCAGUGCGGCGAUUGCGGUAAGAGCUUUGCCUGGAGCUCCCAUCUCGACCGGCAUCGGCGUAUCCACAUGGGUGAGAAACCCUACCGUUGCGGGGAUUGCGGGAAGAGCUUCUCCCAGAGCUCCCACUUGGAGAGGCACCAGCGCGUCCACGCCGGCACCGAGCAGCCUUGCCAAUGCACCGAUUGCGGUAAGAGCUUCUUUGCCUCCAACAAGCGCCAACGGCUGUUGACCGGCACCGCACCGGAGAGGACCCAUAAGUGCAGCGAGUGUGGGAAGAGCUUCACGUACCGGGCGGAGAACGUCAAGCACCAGGGGACACAGACGGGGGAGAAACCCUACACCUGCCCCGAAUGCGGGAAGAGCUUCGGGCAAAAUUCGGCGUUGGUGAAGCACCGUCGGAUGCAUACGGGAGAAAAGCCCUACAAGUGUGGGGACUGCGGGAAGAGCUUCAGCGUCCGCUCCAACCUCAUCAAACACCAACGGACCCACCUUGGCGAGAAGCCCUACAAGUGUCCCGAUUGCGGGAAGGGUUUCAUCCAGAAGUCGGACCUCACCAAGCACCGCCGGAUGCACACCGGGGAGAAACCCUACAAGUGCAACGUCUGCGGCAAAUGCUUCAGCGUCUCCUCCAACCUCAUCAAGCACCAACGCAUCCACCUCGGCGAGAAACCCUACCAGUGCUCCGAGUGCGGCAAGAGCUUCAUCCAACGCUCCGAGCUCACCAUCCACCAACGCGUCCACACCGGCGAGAAG